CUACAGUUCCAUCGAGUUCUCGGCGUUUUAUCGAAUCUGCCGUUAAUAUUGGAUCUUUCAUACACAACUCCGCCCUAACAAUAAAUAUGGAUGAAAACCCAUCUCUCGUCCAGGAAGCCCGCAAUAGGCGUGCCUCGUCAAUACCCGUCGUUCUCAUUCACGAUGGCGGCGGCACUGCCUUCGGAUACUAUAUCCUCGGCGAGCUGCACCCUGCGCGCGAGCUAUGGGCGAUCCGUAACCCCGACUACAACCGUAGUAAGCCGUAUUCAAUGACUAUGGAGGAGAUGGCACGAAAUUAUAUUCGAAUGAUUGAAUCAAGCGGGAUCCGUGGCCCCAUCUAUCUCGGUGGAUGGUCACUCGGCGGCCUUCUCUCCGUUGUCAUGGCCAAUGAAAUCUCCAAAUCCACCACCCCCGUCUCCUUCUCCCUCGCCGGCAUCCUCCUCAUUGAGUCUCCAUUCUAUAGUCCCAAAAGCGAGUGUCCCCCAGUGCGCACUGUGGACUUUUCGCACCUCCCAGAGCAUAUCAGGAACUGUUUAAGCAGUUGUAUGGUCAUGCUGGAGGAGUGGUCGAUGCCGACCACCGGCCCGGAAGGGUGGCUUCCGCCUGCGGUGCUCAUUCGUUCGACUCAGCGCAUGGUGGCAGGGCCUGGUGAGUCGAAUGAGUUGCCUGCGAGAGUGGAUUUGCGCCGAGAUGAUAAGAUCCUGGGGUGGGGCCUCAUAGGUCAGGAAUUUAUCAUUGGAACUCUUGAUGUGGAGUCAAAUCACUACAAUAUUUUUGAUAUGAACAAAAUCGAAGAGGUAACAUGGGCUAUAAACCGGGCAUUGCAGAUGCUGGAUGCCAGUAGAGGCAUAGGCAUACUUACCUGAUGAUAUGGGUAUUAGAUUGCGCUCAAGUUCUAGUUCUAUCUUAGAUCAUCUCAAUAGAUUAUUCACGGUCAAUGCAAAGAAAAUAUAGAAAUUGG